AUGGGCAGUAGCAGCUCGGGCGCAAGGGCAGAGCCGCAGGUGGUGAAUGAAGAGAGUUUUAAGGUGACUUGUGUUGGGCAUUCCCUGGUCAACGACACCUAUGAGUAUGACUUCUUCGUCCAGCCUCCAGCCAGCACAGGCGCUCCGGGGCAAACGGUCCGCCGCAGCUUCAAGGAGCUCCAACGCUUGGGCCACGCCAUGAGCGCACGCUGGCCGCGCGCGAGCCUCCGGACGCCUUCCAGGCCCUUUUUUGAGGUGCCUGGAGAGCAAGGAGAAGUGAUGGAGAGAUCCCUUCGUGCCAUGCUGAGCCUGGAGCCCUUUCCGCGCUCCACGGCGCUGCGGCACUUCUUGGGGAUCGCCAUGCCGCCGCCCGCGGACCUGUCCGAUGGACACGUCGCUGGACACUGGCGGCUCGGAGCUGAGAUGAGGUUGCCCUUGGGCGCGGCGGCCACCGUCAUGAGCUUCUGCGAGGCCCACGUGGCGCUGAAGGUCUGCACGCGCGUGUGCAAGGCGCUGCAGGCGGCCGUGCUACACCCCACCUCAUGGCCCAGGCUCACCGUCUCCUCGCGCGUGGCGGAACGAUGCAUUGACAGUUUGUGCCGAAUCUUGUGGAGGACCUGUGUCGGAGUGCAGGUCUUAACGCUGGACCUCACGUUCCAACAAGGACACCUGGGCGUGGCGUUACCCGCGCAGCUGCUGCUCCGGCAGCUGCGCUCCUUGACCCUGCGUUUGGGCGACCCGGAGGCCCAAGCCUUCGCCUGUGACCUGCUCAGCUGCGUGGAGUCUCCGAAGCUUUGGGAACUGCGACUCAGUGCGCAACUCACUGCGCAGCUGCUGAAUGCCGCGAGCAUGGCCCUGCUGCCCACGGAGCAGCCGCUGCGGCGUUUGGCCCUGACGGCCUUACCGGAUGCACGGCUCGGCGCAGGCACCGUGGCAGCUGUGAGGGCUCUUUUGGACUCAGCACCGCGGGUGGCGGACCUGGCGAUCUCUGUGGAGGAUGCCUUUGGAGGCGACAGCCGUUGGUUCGAAAGGUGUGGGCCACUGGAGACGCCGGUGCUACAGACCAUGAUGGCACUGAACUUGGAGAGCUUGACCUUUGACUUCCUCUCUGAUGAGCUCUUGCUCGCGAUCAGCUCCUCCUCCGAUCGUGCGCUGUGGCCCCAAUUGCGGAGGGCCAAGCUGUCGGGUUGCAAACGAGUGCUGGAAGACCCAGAUGGCAUGCUGGGAGUGCUGCUGAGCAAGCUUGGAGAAGAGCUGGAAGAGUUCGCUUUGCUCAUCGACCUGGAAGUUCCAGUGCGUAGCUUCUCCGCGGGGAUCUUGCACCAGCGCUUGGGCAGCCUGCCCAACUGGUGGCAGGAGCGAGCCAACUUGCGGAGCUUGGAAUUGAACUGGCACGCCUUCGACGAUGAAGGCAUCGCAUCAUUGGUGGAGGGUUGCCCUCAGCUGGAAGUGCUUUUGUUGGACCGGGCCGAGUACUGGACGGACAACACGGUGUCACGCCUCUUGGAGUCGCUACCGCACUUGCACCGCUUGCGCCUGCGCCAGUCCUCCAUGAUGUCGGACCGCGCGCUCUACGAACUGCUGCAAACACCGCAACGGCUGGUCUUGGAGAUUGAGCCGUCCUAUGCCAUGUCAUCGUAUGUGUUGGAUCAGCUGAACCCUUCCUUCCACAGCACCAGCAACCUGGUGGAAGUGCAGCUGCUGAAACCGCAGCUGGACGAGGAGGAGACUUUGUGGCCAGAUUUGAGCUUCAACUUCGGGCGCUGCGCCAGUCACGUGUACAUAGGCGCCUACCCAGCUCCGGGGCUGCUUCGAGACGAGGCAGUGCGCCUCAGCCGAGCUCUUAGGGUCUUCAGCGGUCAUCAACCACAUGGCGAGAGCCCCACCGUGGUGCGGCAUACGCGGAGUGGUCUGCUGGUGGUCACCGCCGAUACUUCGUAUUCGAACAUGUCCGCGCUGAAGCUUUUCAACCAGUCGAACAACCGCGGCGAGGUGGUCACCAACGUGCGACUCCGAGGGGGACGAGUGCAGCUGGAGGGCAUUUUGCGGGACGGCUCGAAGCACCGCUGCGAGCUCCAUGUGGACCCUGCAGAGGCGCCGAUCCCAGAUGCAUUGGUGGGCUGUCAACUCAACGACGGCUCCUGGGUGAAGACCGUCUUAGAAGAUGGCCGUGUGCUGGCCGCCCUUGGAAAGCGAUUCCAGGUGAGCGUCCAGUCGAUGCAUCCGGGGAAAGCCUGCCUGAUGCUGAAGUCCGUGUACUUCUCCGAGAAGCUCCGGGUGAGCCUCAAAAACCUCAGUGCUGAGUGGCUCUUGGAAUCCCAGAAGCACGUCCAGCUGCUUCCAGGGCCUGAGCCCAGUGGCACCGAAGCUCACGACCACUGGUAUCAAGCCACGCAAUUCAAGCGGGAGGAGUUUGAUUCUGCUGAGACAUAUAUCUUUGAUGGGCAUGGCACCUUGUGGGGUGUGCGAAACAGCUUGGGGCAGGGUGUGUCCAACUUGGAUUUGGAGGAGCAGGUGAUUCAGAAGGUGAAUAGCCUCAUUGCUGCCGGGAAACAGGUGAUCUUCGCCACGAACGACUCCAACUACUCUCGGCGCCUCUACAUCGACAGGCUCUUGAAGCACGGCAUUCGCUUGUGCCAUGACGAUGAGUUUUCCCGCUCCAAGGCCAAGCAAAAGGUGGUCACUGCAGCCUUCACUUGUGCCUGGUUCCUCAAGAAGGCACUGAUCCGGAAGCCCUUCGUGAUUUGUUCGCAUCCUGGGCUCCUGGAGGAGCUACGAGAAGCAGGAAUCACCGACUACGUGGCCACAAUUGACCACGAUGGACGCGCCAAAGAGGAGUAUUUUGCUCCAGUGACCAAAGAGAACGUCACAAAACUGGUGCAGCAAUCCAAAGAUGUCGAUGCCAUCGUGGUCGGCUGGGAUCAACAGUUGACUGCUUUGAAGGUGGCCGUUGCAGCGGCCUUCCUCAAGUGGAGCCGUGCCGGUCAAAACGCCAUGCAGAUUGUGCAAUGCUCGUCGGACCACGCCGGAGUCUUGGGAGUGACCUCGGAAGACUUCCUGCCUGGCCGAAAUUUCGCCAAUCAGAGCAUCCCUGCGGUCGGAAAUGGCACCAUGUGCCAGAUGGUUUGCGCCUCCGUGGGCGAAGACAUCCAGGCCAUCGAUGUGGGAAAGCCAUCGGAGGUCCUCAUCGAAGCGUUGCGUCGUCCGGUCGAGGAGGAGGGCUAUGGUGUGGAGCUCGACAAGGCGGUGAUGGCGCCCCGGUCUUGACGGACCGGUGUUUUUGGGGGUGGCACGGAGAAGCUUAUUGUUGUUUGUGUGUGUUUGGGUGAUUUUGUGUCCGAGGUCUUUUGUCUGAGGUUUUUUGCUGUGAGGACCUUCAAGUCGGCAUGGAUCUAAACGGAGCCACCACUGGCAGAUGGUUUUUCGUGAGAGCCCAGUAUACGUUCAUGAUCUGCCAGCCGCCAGCCAUAACUACCUGGGCCGUGAAAUGGGAAGACUCGUUCACUUACCAAUCUCCACAGCCCAUAGGUCGGUCGACCGUGCGACAGUCCGGACUGACCGGCCGUGGGUGGCCGGUGGGUCUGGUGCCAGUUUCCCCACAGCCGCUGUGAAAACUUCCAACCCUGACCCCGACAUGUCAUGUUGACCGCUCAGUUGGGGUUGUUUGUCCGGGGGUUGCAUGUAGGUGAAGAUUCCAGUCUCAUGGGUCCUGUGGGAGAGACUGGACGUCACCGCUCAGGUGGGUGACACCUUAAACACCGAUAUCGAGCUCGCCGUCCGGAGUGGCAUGCGCUCCUUGUUGGUUCUAAGUGGUGUGACCAGCCGAUCAGAUCUGGAGAAGCUCAGGGAGACCACGCGCUUCCCCACCUGGGUGCUUGAGAGCUUAGCGCAUAUCUAGACCACCGUGGUGGUGGGGACGACCAGAGUCCCACCCGCCGCCAUGAAGUUGACCAGCGAAGCAUCGUCGCGAACCAUCUCGAUGCGACUCGGGGAACGUGGGGGGGGUGAAUCGAUUCCGC